AAAAAUAUAUUUUACACACGAAAUGAUUGUCAGAUACUUGUCAGACUUUAAAGAAAACCUAAUGACAACCCUGGUGUAAACGAAACUGUGGGUGCAACUGUCACUCAAGUUUUAAGUUCGUAAAUGUAUAUUUACAUAUAGGUGUAUAUUUAUCUCAUCAAAACAAAAAUAACUUUUUAAAAGGAAAUCGAGGAAAUACACGGUUUUAUGUAGUUUACGUAUGUUAUUUUUAUUCUAAAGCCAGCAUCGCAAAGUCUCACAUAAAAUGACGGAGGAAAACGACGGACCUCGCACGGAGUACAAACUAGAAACAGAUUCAGAGCUGCGUUUUGAAAUCGAAAACAAGAACGAUGUGACCGUAAUGCUACUUAGCGGCUAUGCUGAACUGUUUGGUACGGAAAUGGUUAUGAAAAAACCUUACGUGUUCGGAGUUGGUGCGAAGGUGGCCAUUUUCACCUAUCACGGCUGUAUGCUGGAGCUGCGAGGCAAACCCGAUGUUGCUUAUGUUGCACGUGAGACUCCGAUGGUUCAAUAUUUGAAUUGUAAUUCCGCAUUAGAGCAGCUUCGAGUUAAGGCAGAACAGGAUGAUGUUCAGGGACCGGUCGCAAUGAUUGUUGGUCCGAUGGACGUGGGUAAGACUACGCUAUGUCGAAUAUUUUUGAAUUAUGCAGUUAGACUAGGUCGAAGGCCGGUAUAUGUUGAUUUGGAUGUUGGUCAAGGAGCAAUUGCGAUUCCUGGAACGAUUGGAGCGCUGCUAGUCGAGCGACCGGCUCCAGUAGCCGAGGGAUUUGCUCAGCAGGCACCGCUGGUUUACCAUUUCGGACACACUUCGCCAUCGGAUAAUGAUGUUUUCUACAAUGUACUUAUUUCGAAAUUGGCGGAAACAACAUUGGAGCGGUUACAGGCUAACAAAAAGGCUAAAUAUUCUGGAAUGAUUAUCAAUACUUGUGGUUGGGUAAAAGGUGGUGGUUAUAAGCACAUUUUACAUGCAGUAAAAGAAUUUGAGGUGAAUGCAGUAUUUGUGCUGGACCAAGAACGACUAUACAACGAGUUACUGCGAGACGUGGAUCGAAAUGUUCAAGUGGUUUUUUUGCCCAAAAGCGGUGGUGUCGUAGAACGCACUCGAUCGCAACGAACUGAAGCGCGAGAUAAUCGCAUACGGGAAUAUUUCUACGGUUCUAAAAUGCCCCUAUACCCACAUUCCUUCGACGUUAAAUUCAGUGAUGUGAAACUGUUCAAAGUAGGUUCGCCAGCUUUACCCGAUUCCUGUUUGCCAUUGGGAAUGAAAAAAGAAGACAAUUACACCAAGUUGGUCCCGGUACAACCAGGUCCGCAGUUGUUGCAUCACAUCCUAGCGGUCAGCUUUGCCGAAAGCACCGAAGAGAAUGUCAUUCAAACCAACGUGGCUGGUUUUAUCUGCGUUACAAACGUUAACAUGGAGAAGGAAGUGUUAACUAUUCUAUCACCACAGCCGAGACCGUUGCCUCAGACGAUUCUGCUGGUGUCCGAAUUGCAGUUUAUGGAUAGUCAUUGACGAAUGUUGAUAAUGAGAAUUAUUUUACUAAUAAAAUGUAUAACUUAAA